AUGGCUAACAUUGGUAUCGUGGCGGGACCGCGCGGGGGCUUCAGACCCGGAGGCUGCAAGUUUGCGGCGAUGUGCCUUGCCAGCGCUUUGCUUAUCACCGCCAGGCACGCCGUUGCAGAGCAGCUUCAACAAGGGCUUCUGCGUCGCGCCUCGAGUGAGGCUGAGCAGUUGGAUCCAACGGAAACAAUCUCUACGUGCCAAUCUACCGAAAAUGGUGUUGGAAAGCCGGAUCGGCCGGAUGUGACGCUGUCGAUUGAAAAUCCCACCGUGACCCUAGUCUGUGAAGGCAGGGGGAACUACUUGGUCCCGAGUGAUUUUAUGACAGUCUGUGAGCCAAAUGCAGACGAAUCACAUAGUGUUCAAGGGAGUGUUGACCUCUGCAACGUUGGAGGCGUCUCCAUGGGGACACCGGUAUCACUGCUUGAUUUUGUCUAUCCCGAGGGCAAACCUCGGUGGCUACCCCCGGCACACCGAAGCGUGGGGGAGUCGCGAACGUUGCAUCUGGACGAGUUCGAUUUUCCUCUUUUUGAUAAAUCCUUCAACAUCGGUUGCGGGCAAACGCCAGAGAACUCGAAGUCGGAGUGCAGAAUGAAAGUAAACGUGCGGGCGAGGCUCUCGGCAGUGGAGGACAAUGUCGUGACCUGUGCAUAUGGAGAGCACAGCAAUCCCAAGAUCCUGAAUGUUGAUUUGACACCGCAGAACAACAGUGUUACGGUCACGUGCGGUUCCCGUGGGAUCAUUCAGCAAGUGUCGGCGGCGGCGCUCUCCCGCUCAGCAGAACAGGGCGGAAAGGAGGAACCUUCGCGGCUCCUCAGAGGCAUCGACGCGAGCUGGUGGACGAGCACAGAUGGAUUGACUCAUGGUGCCAAGGUGGCAAUCCCUCUUAGCGAGUUUUCUACUACGAACAAGUAUUUCUACAUCGGAUGCGCGCCCGCGACACAAAAAGGACAGCCUGGGAGUAUUGCUUACGAGCCACCUGAGCCAGUGCAAACUCAGUCAAACACGACGAACUGCAUUGUGAAGGUAACGAUUAAGGGGGUGGACGCUUCCUCUUUGUCUGCUUCGUUUAGAGUGAACACAGCAGCUGCAGCCUCUGGGGUUGCCGCUGUGGCGGCUCUUCUUUCCGUCUCAUAG